AUUAAAUAUUAUAAAACAAACCCUAAUUUAUUUUCCCCAUCAUCAUCAUCAUCAUCAUUAAUCUUUUUCCACCUCAAAAACACUCACAAAAUGUUCAAUUAGUCCUUCAAGAUCGAAGCUUCAAAGAUCCAAAUCUAGUUAAAAGAAAAGGUGGGUUUCUUGAACUGGGUCAUUUGUUUUUUAAAGUUGUGAAAUUUAAGGGUAAAGAUGCAAUCGAGGUCGUAUACGAAUCUGUUGGAGUUAGCUUCAGGGAAUUUCCCUGUAAUGGGCCGAGAACGAGAGAAACGAAAGAUGCCCCGUGUAAUGACUGUUCCUGGAAGUAUAACUGAGCUUGAUGAUGAUCAAGCUAGUAGUGUUGCCUCUGAUAACCCGUCUUCCCUUGCUAUGGAUCGAAUGAUUGUUGUGGCGAAUCAACUGCCAUUGAAGGCUAAAAGAAGGCCUGAUAAUAAAGGUUGGAGCUUUACAUGGGAUGACGAGUCGUUGAUUCUGAGGAUUAAAGAUGGGUUUCCAGAUGAUAUGGAGGUUUUGUAUGUUGGUUCGUUGAAUGUUGAUGUUGAUCCUAUUGAACAAGAUGAUGUUGCUCAAGUAUUAUUGGAUAGGUUUGGAUGUGUUCCCACUUUCCUUCCCCCGAAUUUGAUGGAAAAGUAUUAUGAUGGCUUUUGUAAGAAGCAAUUAUGGCCUCUUUUUCAUUAUAUGUUACCGUUUUCUGCUGAUCAUGGGGGUAGAUUUGACCGGUCAAUAUGGGAAGCCUAUGUCGCAGCAAAUAAGCUUUUUUCACAAAAAGUUAUUGAAGUGAUUAACCCAGAAGAUGAUUUUGUUUGGAUUCAUGAUUACCAUUUGAUGGUCUUGCCUACUUUCCUAAGAAGGCGGUUUAAUCGUUUGAGGAUGGGUUUUUUUCUACACAGUCCAUUCCCGUCUUCUGAGAUUUACAGGACACUUCCUGUUAGGGAAGAAAUCCUAAAAGCUUUACUCAAUUCUGACCUUAUCGGUUUCCACACAUUUGAUUAUGCUCGGCAUUUUCUUUCUUGCUGCAGCCGAAUGUUUGGUUUGGAGUAUCAGUCCAAGCGGGGCUACAUCGGGCUAGAUUAUUAUGGAAGAACAGUGGGAAUUAAGAUAAUGCCUGUUGGGAUCCAUAUGGGUCAAAUUGAGUCGGUAAUGAAACUUGCCGACAAAGAGUGGAGAGUCAGUGAACUCAAACAGCAAUUUGAAGGGAAAACGGUGUUUCUUGGAGUUGAUGAUAUGGACGUUUUUAAAGGUAUCAAUUUAAAGCUUUUAGCAAUGGAACAAAUGCUUAAAGUUCAUCCAUCAUGGCAAGGCAGGGCCGUGCUUAUCCAAGUUGCAAACCCUGCUAGGGGUAAAGGUGGGAUAGAUUUGGAUGAAAUACAGAUCGAAAUACAAGAAAGCUGCAAACGUAUUAAUGAUCAAUUUGGUAAGCCUGGAUACCAGCCUAUCGUUUACAUUGACACUCCCCUGGGUAUUAAUGAACGGGUUGCUUAUUACAGUAUAGCUGAGUGUGUUGUUGUGACUGCUGUAAGAGAUGGGAUGAAUUUAACCCCUUAUGAAUAUAUUGUGUGUAGGGAGGGAAUUUCUGGAUCAGAAACUGGUGCAGAUCUAAGCGGCCCUAAAAAGAGCAUGUUGGUUGUAUCAGAGUUUAUAGGGUGUUCCCCAUCUUUGAGUGGGGCAAUUCGUGUGAACCCUUGGAAUGUUGAAGCAACUGCUGAGGCUAUGAAUGAGGCUAUAUCUAUGAGUGAAGCCGAGAAACAAUUGAGGCAUGAGAAGCAUUAUCGAUAUGUAAGUACACAUAAUGUGGGUUAUUGGUCUAGAAGUUUCUUGCAAGAUAUGGAGAGAACGUGUGCGGAUCAUUUCAGGAAAAGAUGUUGGGGUAUUGGUUUGGGAUUUGGGUUUAGGGUCGUGUCUCUAGAUCCUAACUUCCGGAAGCUUUCAAUUGAUGAUAUUGUGUCGGCUUACAUAAAGGCUAAAAAUAGGGCAAUAUUGUUAGACUAUGAUGGAACAGUGAUGCCACAAAAUUCAAUUAUUAAGACACCAAGUAGAGAAGUUAUUUCAAUCCUCAAUAGGCUUUCUGGAGAUGAAAAUAAUAAAGUAUUUAUUGUUAGUGGAAGAGGCAGAGAAAGCUUAAGCAGGGCUUUUUCUCCUUGCAAGAAGCUUGGAAUUGCAGCCGAACAUGGCUACUUCAUGAGGUGGUCUCAAGAUGUGGAAUGGGAAACCUGUGGUCAGAGUAGUGAUUUUGGAUGGAUGCAAAUGGCCGAGCCUGUGAUGAAACUCUAUACAGAGGCCACUGAUGGCUCUUCUAUUGAAACCAAGGAGAGUGCAUUAGUAUGGCAGUAUCGGGACGCUGACCCGGGAUUUGGAUUUGCUCAAGCAAAGGAGAUGCUUGAUCAUCUUGAGAGUGUCUUGGCAAAUGAACCUGUUGCGGUUAAAAGUGGUCAAUAUAUUGUUGAAGUUAAGCCUCAGGAAGCCAGUAAAGGUCUGGUAGCAGAGAAGAUCUUCACAUCGAUGGCCGAAAAAGGGAAGCAGGCUGAUUUUGUUCUGUGCAUUGGUGACGACAGAUCUGAUGAGGACAUGUUUGAAAUUAUUGGCAAUGCAAUCUCAAGAAACAUGCUCUCCGUUAAUACUAAUGUGUUUGCCUGCACAGUUGGACAAAAGCCUAGCAAAGCCAAAUAUUAUUUGGAUGACACCUCCGAAGUUAUUCUGAUGCUUGAAAAUCUAGCCGAAGCUACCGACUCCCCAGUCACAUCUGAAGAUGAAAGUGAAUAGGUUUUAGGUUUAAGGUUAUUAACUUUUUGACUGGAAGGUCAUAGGCUUGAGUUGACUGGUUACCCUGUUAAUCAUGUUUGCGUUUGGUGUUCAUUCUUCCGGUCUUCAUAAAGAUGAAAAUAUUAGGCUUGUUGGGUAUCUCGUGGAAGUUUAGUAGUUGACGCAGUGGCUGAUGUAUGGUUUUCCAGUAUGAAAAUGAGUGGUUUCAUCAAGGCGCAGUUAAAUGUUUGGGAAGAGGAGCCUGGCAUGGCCUUUUCAUCUUGUAUGAUCAACUUUUCUUUUUUUUGUUUUUCCAGUUGAGCCUGUUUGGACAUAAUCUGUGAAUUCAUUUGUUUUGGGAAGGGGGUUAGUUUUGUAGAUUGCUGUACCCUUUAAUAAAUAUUUAAUUUUUCUAUGAUAAAAUUGUAUACUAGCAUGUUUUGAAA